CUAGGGAAUGGGGAUGAACCGCUGGCCCUGGCACCCCCUGCCCCCAGCCCUGGGGAUCCAACAGGGCACCUGGACCCCUUGUGGGUGACAACCUGUACCUGCUCUUUUGUCCGUAGCCCCAAGGGCUUCCCUAAGCUGAAGAAUGACACGUUCCUGCGAGCGGCGCGCGGGGAGGAGACGGAGCACACCCCGGUGUGGUGCAUGCGGCAGGCAGGGCGCUACCUGCCCGAGUUUCGGGAGACCCGGGCAGCGCAGGAUUUCUUUGCCACUUGCCGGAGCCCCAAAUUGUGCUGUGAGCUGACGCUGCAGCCACUCAGACGAUUCCCCCUGGAUGCUGCUAUAAUCUUCUCUGAUAUCUUGGUGGUGCCCCAGGCACUGGGCAUGGAGGUUGUGAUGGUCCCCGGCAAAGGACCCACGUUCACAGAGCCCCUGAAGGAGGUGGAGGAUUUGCUGAAACUGCGACAGAAGGUGGACGUGACUGCGGAGCUGGGUUACGUCUUCCAGGCCAUCACACUGACACGACACAGCUUGGAGGGCAGGGUGCCCCUCAUUGGCUUUUCUGGAGCGCCUUGGACGCUCAUGUCCUACAUGAUUGAAGGUGGUGGCUCCACGACAAUGGCCAAAGCCAAGAGCUGGCUCUACCGUCACCCUGAGGCAAGCCACCGACUGCUGCGGCUGCUGGCCGAUGUCAUCAUUGACUACUUGGUGGGGCAGGUGGCUGCUGGAGCGCAGGCGCUCCAGCUGUUUGAGUCCCAUGCGGGGCACCUGGGCCCAGAGCAGUUUCAAGACUUCGUCCUGCCUUACAUCCGAGACAUCGCCCAGGCUGUCAAGAGCAAGUUGAAGGAGGAGGCACUGCCCCUGGUGCCCAUGAUCAUCUUUGCAAAGGAUGCGCACUAUGCACUGCGUGACCUGGCACGUGCCGGUUACGAGGUAGUCGGUCUCGACUGGACCAUCCGGCCCCAGGAAGCUCGUGCACAGACAGGGAAAGAUGUCACCCUGCAAGGCAACCUGGAUCCCUGCGCUCUCUAUGCACCCAAGGAGAAGAUAGGUGAGCUGGUGAAGAAGAUGCUGGAGGGUUUUGGGACCCAACGCUACAUUGCCAACCUGGGCCAUGGCCUCUACCCCGACAUGAACCCUGAGCAUGUGGGUGCCUUUGUGGAGGCUGUGCACAGCCAUUCCCGCCACAUCAACAAGCACAGCUGAGCCUGGGGCUUGGGGACAGGGCUCCAGUUUGGACACAGUCACCCUGAGUAGCGUGUUGUCACAGGGCUCGCUCUGGGCUGGGCUGCAGCAUUAAACCAGCACCUUCUC